UAACGAGUGAUUAUUCUUACGUCACACUCGUAGACAAUAUUAUACAUUAUGUUCGCUUCCUAGUUCCUAGAUUUGUCAAGAACAAAUUCUAUUACCUCAUUUAGCUAAAACACAAACGUCACUUUGUCUCACUGCACGCAGAAAGCUCGACGCAACUACAUCCGUUUGUGUUGUAAUUUACCAAACAUGAUUUGAAACAAGCCUUGUCAUCUAUACGAUCAAUAGAGUUGACUGCCCCUCCUCUGUCUAAGUUUUGUUGUGUUAAAGAAUGCGUCACAAGCCGAAACUGAUCAAGAUGCCAAUUCAAGUAACCAAUUCUGUUGCAAGUGAAAUAACACCUGCAUCCAAGCCCAAAUUCAAUCAAAAGAAAAUUGAAAAAGUAAUACAAAACGGGCAAAGCAAUAAUUGUAAAUCGAAGAAACAGCUUAAAAAGUCUGCAACUAUGGACGCCCAUUCCAUUGUGAUAUGGAAACAUCCCAUUUUAACAUUAGAUUAUUUCUUUAAAGAAGUUGUAUAUUUAGCCAAGUCUUUUGUAAAAAAAUUAAUUUGUUAUAAACUCUAUGUACUUUUAGUUCUAUUAGUUAUAUCUGCUCCAAUUAUUUUAUCAUAUAUUGACGGACCUCAUUUACCAAUGUUACUAUGGGCAAAAUCAAGAACAUCCUGGUGUUUAUAUUGGUUAGGUCUGGGUGUCCUAUCAUCUGUUGGAUUUGGUACCGGCUUACACACAUUCCUUCUUUAUUUGGGUCCACACAUCACUUCUGUCACAUUAGCCGCGUACGAAUGUGGUGGGCUUAAUUUUCCAGAACCACCUUAUCCAGAUCAAAUCAUUUGCCCCGAUGAAAUUGAUUCUGCUUGGACAGCCAGCUUAUGGAACAUCAUGUCUAAAGUACGCGUGGAAGCCAUGAUGUGGGGAGCUGGAACUGCUCUAGGAGAGUUACCUCCUUAUUUUAUGGCGAGAGCAGCACGACUUUCAGGUCGACCUCCUGAUGAAGACAAAGAAGAUUUGAUUGAAUUUGAAGAGUUGUUGAAAAAAGAAAAACACCCAGAAACUAUGACAUUAGUUGAUAAGUCAAAAUUAUUUGUUGAGAGACUAGUGAAGAAAGUUGGCUUCUUUGGAAUAUUAGCAUGUGCAUCUAUACCUAACCCGUUAUUUGAUCUUGCCGGCAUUACAUGUGGCCAUUUCUUAAUACCCUUUUGGACAUUUUUCGGCGCAACUCUAUUGGGCAAAGCAGCAAUUAAAAUGAGCAUACAAGUGUUAUUUGUGGUUAUUGCUUUCAAUGAAACAUUAAUCGAGAAAGUUCUUGAGGUUGUUGGGAAAAUUCCAGGAAUCGGGAAGAACUUACAAGCUCCCAUUACAAAAUUUUUAGAAAAUCAAAAACAACGGUUACAUCUUAAAAAAGAUUCCAAGGGCACAAAUAUGGUAGUGAGAUUGUUUGACGUUUUUGUAAUUUCAAUGGUGAUGUAUUUUAUUGUAUCGUUAGUUAACUCUUUAGCACAGAAUUAUUAUAAGCGCAAUAAUAAGACUACAAAAAAAAUGUCCAAAGACUGACAUUCGGUUGUCAACCAUUCGAAAUUACGUUAUCGUAAGUCCAAACGGCAUUGAAAUAAUUAUGAUUAUAAUUAUUAUAUUUUAUUACUACUACAUUUUUCUUGUAAUUAAUAUAAAAAAUUCUUGUUUCUCUGAUAUCUUAAAUAAGUUCAUACUUUGUAUAUUAUAUAAAACAAAUUAAUAAAUAUUACAGGGACUUAAUUUUUUAAUUUUUAAUAUGCUAAGGGGUGCAUAUUAAGUAAACCGCUCAAUAAGUCUACUCUUUCAAGUGUACUGUUUUAUUGUAAUUCAUACAGAAAUUCAGAGAUGCACGUAUAAACAUAUAGUUACAUUAUAAAUUACAUUUUUCAUUCUGUUUAGUGCCCAAACACGUCCUAUUAUUCGUUUGCUAAGUACCUAUUUGUAAAAUCAUAAUCAUUAGGCUGCUAAAAAAGUUGAUGAUGUAUACAUAUUUAAAUUUAGAGCAUAAUCUGUUAUGAACCAAGUGUUACCAUAAUAUAUUGUUUAGUACUAGGUAUAAUGUUUAUCUACCUAUUAGUCUAGACCACAACUUUUCGUAAAAUUAUUAUUCGCUUUACUAUAAAUUUAACUAUUUCAAUUUUUUGUCCUCUCAUUCUUGAGUCUUAACCAAAUUUAUUAUUGUUGUUUAAGUGAUGCUACCCACCCGUAAAUUUUAGUGUAAAACUGGGUCUGCGUGAAUCAAUACUGUAGAGGCUGUGUAGUACUAGAAUUACUAAAUUUUCAUAAAACAAAUAGAGGUGAAUAUUAUCUGUUCUUAAACGUGCAAAUUUUUCGAUAGGUGGAAUAUUUUUUUAUUCUGUGAAUGUUUAAAAGUAUAGGUUAAAAAUUAGUGAAUUGAAUAGUCAAAAAAUUUAGAAACGCUUAAGCACAAAUAAUGUUUUCCUCUAGGUACUACGAACAAUUUGGUGAUUUUACAACAAUUACAUGUCAGUAAACACUAUGGUUUUGAUUUGCGCCAAUCUUAUUUAAUGAAAGAUAAUUAUAAUUUUGUCUAUAAAAAUGUCUGACAAAAAAAAAAAAUAAUAAUAAACCAAUAAAGAACUCUCAUUAUUGUAUUAAUAGGUAUAAUACACUUAUAGUUUAAGCUCUAAAUUAAGAUUUUGCGAAAAAUUGCCUAUACUUUACCUUAUAAAUGGGUGGGUAGCAACCUCUUAAUAUGAUCAUGACACAUAUAAAUGUUAUAAAUGACUCGAACCAUUGUAUGUUUAAGUUAGAUAAGCUUAAAAAAUGUAUAUUAUAUUAUUGUUUCUGGUUAAUUAAUCAAAAAAACGUUUGCCCAAUUUGUAUUGUUAUAUUUUUUGUUUGUUAAUUUUUUUUCAUAAUUCUUGUUUUAUGUACUACAAAAGUUUUUGUUUUUAUUAGUAUAUUAUAUUAUAUAGAACAUCAAACAUUGUAAAAUUUUGAUAAAUUAUCUUGUGAUUUAGUUGGUAUAAAUUAUGAUGGUAGUACUGUAAAAUAUAUAAUUUUAGUAGUAGAAGACUGCUGCCGUUCCUCAUCUGAAAUCUUGUUCAUUCCUGUUAAAAUAAAAUAAAAAACUUCUUUAUUUUUUUUUGUAACAUACACUUUUGGUGUUCAAUUACAUAUUACUUUUGCUUUGUGAAUAUUUUUAAUAACUUCUAUUUAUUGGAUGUAUUAGUAUACAUUGUUUCCUAAUUCUUAGACGUAUAGGUUAGAACUUAUAGUAUGCUUCUCGUUUAUAAUCAAGUUAGCUAAAUAAAUCCAUUGUAUUUUUUUCAGGGGGGGGAGGGAGUUACUGUAUUAUUAUCCAUUAGAAUUAUAUUAUGUUUGCGAGUAUUUGAUGUGAAGUCUUUAUUAUUCUAGUUUAGAAUUGAUUGUUUUAGUCAAGGCAUAUUCAAUUGCUUCCAAAAUACAUAAUUUACAUGUUUAGAUGGCAAUUGUAAUAAUUAAAUAAAUUUCUUAAUUGUGA